AUGCCCAGAUUUUGGAAAGCCCCUUGGAUGAAAUCCAAAACCAGUCUGAAUGAUGACGAGCGAGUUCAGUUACUCCCCAAACGACGAAGCUUCAACCAACUAUCAGCAACAGAUGCCAUUUCGCAACCACUAGGAGCCACACUACCAUGCUCUCAGGCUUUGUCGCAGGUGUGCUAUGUUGGAUUUGGGAUUGGGGGUGCUGGUAACAUUCGCAAGUCUGUUUUGCUCUACUUGUUCCCCUUGCUUUCGAUAACCCCGACACUUACUUUGAAAAUAGGAAUCUCCACAUCAUACCUAAGAUCCUUGUUUAAUAUCCUCUCCGGAAUGUGGUGCAUUGUUGCCGUGCUGCUAGUAAUGGCAUCCUCUCUCCCUUUGCUUUGGAUCUCGGUGCUGGCUCUGCUUUGCGCCAAUGAUGUUUUGGCCACCGAUCUGAACAAAGGGAAGAAUGAGGUCGUUCCUUGGAUCGAUAUGACCCCGACUAUGGAGUAUAUACCUCACUACUCUAGAGGAAUUCCCUUUACGAUCCAGGACUACGACGCGAAACCAUGGCACAAAUUGAAAAAUGUGACGCAUCAUGCCUUUUCACCAGCCACUUCUUGCGCGUCCGGAACAGGGACCGCUGGAUUUUGGUACGAGAAGAUCCAACAUAACGGACAAUCCUCCUUCCUGCUGCCAGAAUACAAAGCCAAAUACAAGGUGUUUCGCAAUGUGGUUACAGAGUAUGGUGCCGAUAAUACUGGCCACAAUGAUUCGUCUUCAGCUAUCCAGUCUGCAAUCAGAGAUGGUCCAGCUGGAGGCCCUGCGCGUGACUCCCAUUCCAUGGGAACGACUGGUCAACCGGCCAUUAUUUAUUUACCAGCAGGAGUCUACCUAAUGAAAGCAGCGUUGCAACUUUAUGUGGGAACUGUGCUGGUGGGAGAUCCGUCUAAUCCACCGGUGCUCAAAGCAGCGCCUGGGUUUUCGGGAGACCAUAUGGUUUACGGCAAAGAUCCCAAUUUCGGGGGAACAAUCAACUUUUACAUCGGGAUCAAGAACAUUAUACUGGACUCGACGGGGUUGGAUCCUGCGCUGGGGAUGAAUCUUCUGGACUGGACCGUUAGUCAGGCGACUCAGCUGUCAAACGUGGGGUUUAACAUGCCUCAUGGUACAACGUCUCAUGUGGGCCUGACGACACAGUAUGACUAUAACAGUAAUCUUAUCUUGAAUGACCUGUGGUUUAAUGGUGGAAACAUCGGCAUGAAACUGAGUGGCCAGCAGUGGGUUUUUCGCAAUAUCAGUUUCUACGGUACAUCUACGGCGGUGCAAGCGGGAGCAACAGAUAUCCUCUUCCUGGGCUGCCGUUUUAGUGGCAAUCGAGUUGGGAUUGAUGCGACUGGAACCUCGGGAUCCUUGACCGUGAUCGAUUCCAAUGCUUCCGGAGUAGACACUUUCGUCGUCGCAGCCAAUACAACUGGUGCAGGGAAUGCCAUCAUCUUGGAGAAUGUACAGAGCUCGGGGACUACAGUGAGUGCCGGAGGUGUCGCGAUUCUUGCCGGUAGUGUUUCGGAUACUUGGGUGCAUGGUGACGUGUAUGAUCCUGGAAGCACCAACAUGAGGAGAGUUAGCGGGGAAACCGUCAGGACUGUGCGAUCUUCCACCCUUUUGGAUGGCGACAAAUACUUCACCAAAUCCCCACCAACUUAUCAAGAGUACCCCGUGGGGCAGGUCUUGAAUAUUAAGACAGUUUCGGGGAGGCCUGUUUAUGGAGAUGGCACAACCGAUGAUACCCAGAACAUUAAUCUGAUCUUGGCUGAGAAUCCUGAUUGCAAAGUCAUCUACUUCCCGGCUGGUACUUAUAUUGUGACAGACACCAUCUUUGUUCCAGCAGGGAGGCGCAUCAUUGGAGACGCGUUCGCUUCAACCAUCAGCGGUGUCGGCAGCAAGUUCCAGGAUUCUGCGUCCGUCCGUCCCAUGAUAAAAUUUGGAUAUCCAGGCGAUAUCGGUGUGGCACAGGUCAGCGACAUGAUCUUUACAGUCGCAGAUAUCCUGCCCGGGUGUAAAGUAGUCGAAGUAAACAUUGCUGGGUCGUCACAUGGUGAUGUCGGCUUCUGGAACACGCACAUCCGAAUCGGGGGCGCAGUAGGCAGUAAGGUCGAGACCCAAUGCGCUGGUAGCCCAGACCAGUGCAAAGCCGCCUGGGGGGUGCUCCAUCUGACCACGACCUCCUCUGUUUACAUCGAGAACAUGUGGGGAUGGACCGCCGACCACGAUCUCGAUGGAAACAACAGUCAGACUAUCUCUACCGGACGUGGACUCCUAGUCGAAGCGACCGCAGGUACCUGGCUUGUCGGCACCGGAUUCGAGCAUCAUACUCUCUACCAGUACAACUUCGAGGGCGCACGCAACGUCUUCUCAGCCCUGCAGCAGAGCGAAACACCUUACUGGCAAGGCCCUGGGAACACGCUGGCGCCGGCCCCCUGGCAGGACAACGUGGCCCCCAGCGAUCCUGACUUUUCUCAAUGUGCUGCAAAUGAUGCGCUGUGUCGCAUGGCGCUGUUUGAGCGAAUCCACUCGUCAUCAGAUCUCUUCCUCUACGGAGGGUGCAACUGGGUAUUCUUCAACAAUGGAGGCAACUGCAACUCAAAUAACGGAAAGUGCCAGAAGAACGCGGUUCAAGUACUGAAUUCGCAUCCGAUUUAUCUAUAUGGAACGAACACGAAGAGCACGAUCAAUAUGGUUCUUGAAGGCAACGUAGCGGUCGCAACGGAGGAUCAAAAUGCUGGUGGCUGGGGAGGAGUCAUUGCCGCGUACCUGUACGAUGCUUGA